ACAAGCAGAGUUGCACCCCGCAUGAUUGUGAAAGCUUGUAUAUAACUUACAUAUGAAAGCAUUAAAUUCAAUACUGCCAUUGCUGAGAGCCGUGCCUACCCUCUUCCCCAUUCUUCGGUGUCCUCCUCUGCUUGCCCUUUUCUCUCUGCACACUCCUCCCUCCUUUUGAGUAACUCUCACUUGCAGCAGUAAUGGCGGCAGAUGUAAGCUCUGUGUUGAGAAUAUUGCGGGGACACAUGGAAGAGCCGGUGGAGAACGAUUCUGGGAACGCCAAUUCGCAGGUUCUGAUCACGAGGGACUUGCUCGGAGAUUGGUCCAGUAAGGAUUUGGAUCUCGAUUUCAAGCGAGCCGAUCAUAGCAGGGAGACGAGAAAGCUUCAAGAUUUGAACUUUCCGCCCUCGUAUUCAUCGUCGCCGUUGGGUGUCUCCGACGAAGGAAGCUUGGAUUUGAGGCUCUUCCCGUUUCCAUCGCGCCAUUGCCAGAGCGUUUGCACCUUGGAGAAGGUGAAAUCGGCUCUUGACAGAGCCGAAAGAGAAGGCGCCGGCCAGAAACGGUCAUCAUCCUCAGAGUCUCCGGCGAAAGCACCCCAAUUGCAGCCAUCAUCGUCUUCGUAUUCCUCAAUUAAGGAAGAAGAAGAUGAUGUUGAUGACGCCAAUGAUAAUGAUGAUGAUGAUGAAGAUGAGAAGAGGUCGUCGUCAUCGUCGUUCGCAGCUGCGUGCCCUGGGUGCCUGCUAUACGUUCUGACAUGGGAGAGCAACCCAAGGUGCCCUCGAUGCCAGUCCAUUGUUCCUUCUCCCGGGGCGCUGAAGAAACCCAGAAUUGAUCUCAACGCACCCUUCUGAUCUUCCUGAAAUUUCAUUUUCAUUGUAAUUAAUCGUUUUUUUUUUAUAUAUAUAAAACAGAAAUUUUCUUUUU